ACCGACCACCUCCCCAACAGCCUCGACGCCAUGGCUCCUCCAGCAAAGCGCCGGAAGCGAGUUGUGGUUCUCUCCUCUGAUGAGGAGGAUGACGAAAAGCCCAAAGGGCGAUUGAUGGACCCGAUCUCCUCUUCCCCGCUCUCCUGGAAUGAUACAAAGGCUACAAUAUCCGCGAAGGCCCCCAGCCAGGGCUCGACAACGCCCUCAAAGAACGAGCCUCCCACAAAGACUGCGAACCAUCCUCGCAACGGUGCACCAAUGUAUCUCCCCGGCAAACCAAGCCGUGCAGGCAAAGCUAGCAGCAAGAGCGUGAGCAGCAGUCCAGAAAAGUCAAAGCGAAAAGGGAAGACAGAGGAGAAGGGCAAAAGCGGGGACAUCUUCACAUUCUUUACAAAGCAAGCACAACGUCAGCAAGCCGAUGGCGAUUCUAAUGGAAGUACUUCGAGGCCAAAACACACAGUUCAAAGCUCCAAACCAGAAGACCACGACCUGAUAUCAGAUGACGAUGACGUUGUUGAGACCAAAGCCCAGCACUCCAGCUUGGUUGGCUUGGCCGCCAGAAAACGAGCCAGAGGUGUCAAGGCUUUCAAAAGUAGUGAGGGAGACAUGCCCAGCGCAAGCCAGAAGUUUCUCGUGAAGCCGAAAUCACGAACGGAGAUCAAAAGCGAAGAAGACACGAGACCGUGGGCGGAACGGUUCUCACCAAGUAAUUUGGAUGAAUUGGCAGUUCACAAAAAGAAGGUCGCUGAUGUCCGAACAUGGUUCGAGGACGUUAUGAAUGGCCGAAUGAGGCAGAGGCUUCUCCUGCUAAAAGGUGCUGCUGGGACUGGGAAAACAACAACAGUUCAGCUCCUAUCAAAGGCAUUGGAUUGUGACAUAUUGGAAUGGCGCAAUCCAGUCGGGUCUAUCGCCUCUUCAGACGGACCCCAAUACAUGUCUGCGCAGUUCGAGGAGUUUAUGGGCCGAGGCGGCAAGUUUAGCCAACUGGAUGUUUUUUCUGCCGGCCAGCCAGCUGCGUCAAAACCAGAUAUCAAACCUCUUGACCGACGAAAGCGUCUCAUUCUGAUAGAAGAGUUCCCCAAUACGUUUACUCGUUCUUCUACUGCUUUGCAGUCGUUUCGUUCUACAAUCCUUCAAUACCUCGCGUCUAAUACUCCACCACUUUCUAUGGUGUAUGACAACAGCUCCCGCGAGCCCAUAACCCCAGUUGUCAUGAUCAUUUCAGAGACUCUGCUCACCACAACGACUGCCUCCGCAGACAGCUUCACAGCACAUCGAUUGCUUGGUCCAGAGAUUCUCCAACAUCCUGGGGUUGCCACAAUCGAAUUCAAUGCGAUCGCUCCUACUAUCUUAGCAAAAGCCCUCGAGCUUGUGGUGCAGAAGGAAUCUCGAAAGUCCGGGAGAAGGAAGACUCCUGGACCCGUCGUCUUGAAGAAACUUGGAGAAGUGGGCGACAUCCGGAGUGCAAUUGGAUCACUCGAGUUCCUUUGCUUAAGAGGUGAUACCGAUGGUGACUGGGGGGGUAAAGUAGCCUUUGGGAAGGCGAAGAAGGGUACCAGGGAAGUUGCCAUGACGAGGAUGGAGGAGGAAAGCCUUGAAUUCGUGACACGACGUGAAGCUAGUUUGGGAAUCUUCCACGCUGUUGGAAAGGUGGUCUAUAACAAACGCGACGAGCCUGCUCCCAUAUGUAAUACUGGCCAGGAUGUGGAGCGGUUGCCAGAUUUCAUGUCUACCCAGUCUCGCCCAAAACGAUCCCAGGUCUCGGUGGAUGAACUCAUCGAUGAGACUGGAACUGAUACAGCAACAUUCAUUGCCGCCCUCCAUGAAAACUACAUACUAUCAUGUGAUGCACCUCCCACCUCAUUCGAUUUUUCUUCACUUGAUCAUGUAAAUGGCUGUAUCGAUGCACUAUCGGACAGUGACCUUCUCUGUCCAUCCUGGGACGGUUCGUUCAACUCGACAGGUUUUGGUGGAGGUUUUGGUGGUCGGGGUACCGGUGGUGACAUCAUCCGUCAAGAUGAAAUCAGCUUCCAGGUUGCAGUCCGUGGCAUCCUCUUCUCACUUCCUUGCCCUGUCAAGCGAAAAACUCCAUCAGCUGCUGGGCUAAGGAUGGGCAAGGGAGGCGACGCUUUUAAGAUGUUCUAUCCCACAAGUUUAAAACUGUGGAGAACGAAGGAGGAGAUUGAAAGUACAAUCGAUUUAUGGGUUACGCGACUGCUGAAAGGUGAAUAUCAGUAUCUGGGUGCCGUUACUGCAAGCGCGGCUGCCUUUGCAAGGCCCAAGGUAGGAACAGUCGAGAGUUGGAAGAGUUUAAGACCCUCAACCACACCGACUUCUAAGAAAUACAACACUACGGAGGCAGACAAUGCCCCCUUGAUGGCUAUUGGCACUUCGGCGAGAAAAGAGAUGUUAUUAGAACGUUUACCCUACAUGGUCUUCAUCGCUAAAGCAGGGAAAAGCUUAUCAUCCGCCCUUGGAGCGAGGGAUAUGGAGAAAGCCACUACGUUCCAUGGUAUUGGCAAACAAUCUGAAGAUAGUCCAGACGAGGGCAAUGAUGUUGGCACCAUUGGCGAAGAGUGGGCGACAGAUAAGCCAGUUGAAGGAAAGUCGCCUCGGAAAGGGGGAUUGGUGAUGAGAGGGCGUGGAACAACAAACACCCUGCCUGUACAGCAGCCCGAACAGAAGCUAGUACUGAGCGAUGAUGAUAUUGAGGAUGAUUGA